AUGUCUCCAGAAGAACAGUGUCGUGCCAAACUAAAUUUUUAUCGGAAAUCAGGGAUUCCAGGAGUAAUAAUGUGCGUGGAUGGGACACAUAUUCGAAUCAUUCCGCCUGCGCAAGAUCGCAAUUUGUUUUAUAACCGGAAAGGUUUCUACAGCCUUAAUGUUCUUGUUGUAAGUUGCGCUCCUAUAUACAACACACUUUUGAAAAUAUUUCCUUUUCAACAGGUAUGUGAUGAUCAACAAAGGAUUCGUUUUGUCGAUCCGAGCUUCCAGGGAUCUAACCACGACUCUCACAGUGAUGCGGGCUAUCCAUCAGAACCUUGGCUAGUAACGCCGUUUAGAGCUGCUGAAGAAGGAAGUGUAGAGAGUGACUUCAACCGUAGACAUGCAUUAGGCAGAAAUAUUGUCGAGAGAACUAUUGGUGUUCUCAAGAAUCGCUUUAGGUGUAUCUUGGGCGCCAGGCAGCUCCAUUAUGCCCCAAAGAAAGCUGCGCAAAUUAUAAAUGUCUGUUGUGCGCUGCACAAUAUAUGUUUGGAGUUUGGUUGUUCUCAGUAA